AUGUCCGACCCUGAACACCCUCCAGGCGAGGGAACCGAUGUCCAGACGGGGAAAGCCCCCGUCGGGAGCUCAUGCGCGAAGCGACAACUGCUAGCCGCCUUGACAACGACCGAUGUGACAAUCCGCCGGCUGGAUCUAUUACUCUCGGAGGCAAACGGACAAGAGCGAGUACUAGCGACUGUCAACUAUGCCGCCUCAAUGCUGCACCACCUCACUGCGUCAGCGCCCUGGAUAGCAUUACAAACAAGACUGGGUAUCCUUGCACGAUUAAAAGGUCGCGUACCCACCAAGAGCGUCACUUCAGCGUCAUCAAAAUCGAAAUUCGCGGCCCUUUCCUCCCUCGCCUCGGAGACAAGAUAUAACUUGCGCCUAUUUGGGCUGCUACCUUUGUGGAUCUGGGGAGCUGAAACCCUCAAGUCACCGCCAGCCGACCCCAUCAUCCACGCUCUGACCGUCCUACAGGUCAUCUCGAAUGUGAUAUACCAGCUUCUCGAGAACGUGGGCUACCUUGCAUCCAAGGGUGUUGUCUCGAAGCGCUUCGUGGACAAAUACGGAGGCCUUGCCAAAUGGGAUAUCUGGAGUACUCGGGGAUGGUUCGGGCACAUCUUCUUCCAGUUCUUCGUGCUCUGGCGCCAGAGUGUGCUACGCAGACAGCGGUUAGCUGCACGGCGAGCGGCUGCCGGCACCCUCGAGACUAAAGAGACCAAGGCUGAAGAUAGCGAAGCGCUGCGUUUGGAGAUCAGGGCCUGGCGAAAGAGUAUGGUGAAUAAUGUCAUCUGGGCACCAUUGUGUCUGCACUGGUGUGUCGAGAAAGGCAUUGGUAUUCCCGAUAGCUUGACCGGACUUAUCAGCUUCUGCGCUGGAGCUUGGAGUCUUCAUGACUGCUGGGCUGGAACCGCAAAUGUUAAAGCAUAG